AUGGUGUCUCGCAAAUUUAAUAUUAAAUUUUUUAAGGAUGAAUUAAAUAUGUCAACAAAAAUAACAUUAACUGUUGCUGUAGUAUCAAUGCUACUGACUGCAUGCUCUGCAUUCAACGGCGGUAGUGAACUAUUGUCGGACAAGAAAAACAGUGAUUCUUUUAUUAAUUCAAAAGUAAUAGACGGAGAAACAAAAGUCUCUUCUUUAUCCAGUAUUAUUGGGAAAAAAGAUGAAUCCCGGUCGGCUUUAAAGAAAACAUUCCCAGAUGGUAAGCUUUCGGUUGCUUCAUAUACAGGUUUUUUGAACGGCAUCACCGGAACUUAUGCACAUAGAGUUCUUUCAGUUGUCUAUGGUCCUGAUAAUGUUGUCAUUAAUCAUGGUAUCUUUAUAAAAGAUUUGCAUAAUUCUAAUAAAUAUAAUCUUGAUUAUAUUAGUGCUCGUAAUUUGGCAUUUACAGAAUUAGAGAAAGGUAGUGAUAAAACAAAAGUCAUCAAUUUAUUAGGUAAUCCUGAUGGUGUGACGUUCACAGAUGAUGGUCACCUUCUGCUUAUCUAUUCUAAAACAGAUAUUUCAAGAGAUGCCUCAUCUUAUAUUCCUGUGGUUAACAUGAUAAGCGGGACAGAGUCUGGCGUAUCUGAAAGACUCUAUAUUGAGAUGAGUAAAAAUGGAAAAGUGGAAAAUGUUAUUUCAGCUACUGUGCAAAUUGUUCAGGGAAGAGGUAUAGGUAAUGCAGAUAGUUAUAUUGAGAAAUACGAAAACAUUCAAACUAAGUUCUAA